CGUGUUACAGCCGAACGAGAAGCUGCUAGCCAACGAGAAAGAGUGAAAAGCGAAACCCCUUGCAAACGCACCCUGAAUUCUAUUUCCUAGUGUUUCCUGCUGGAAAUGACUUUAGCCCAAAUCAUUGGCCUGAAGAUGCCGGACGAGUUAGAAAAUAAAUCAAAGUCAAAGUGCCGAAAAAUAGAGCCAGCGAUUUUAUUUCUUGCAAUCGCACACAGCACGAUUAGACGUUUGAAAACAAUCGUAGAGACCGAGCAGCAACAGAAGAAGUUCAAUCAAGUUUACUUUCCCCAGCCUUUUUCAUCGUGUGCGUUUUUCUCAAUCAGCAAAGACAUGCCAGUCUCCGCCGAGGACGCCCGACAGCUGAAGAUCAAGCUGGGCACGGUGAAGCGCAGCCGCAAGGAGUACGACUUUUACGUGAAGGAGGAGGAAAAACAGCGUAUCAAAUGCAAAAGUGUUUGGGUCUGGAAAUUUGUGAUGCUGGGUGGCGCAUCAUGAGGAUGCCACAAGUGCUGGCUCAACAUGACAAGUUUCUGAGCUUCUAGGUGUUGCCUACUCUGCACGACAGACUGCGUUUCUGCAUCACAGAAAAAUGGGGCUCUUGGGUAACGUGCAUGACAGAUUUAAGAGUCAUGCCAGACAAGCAUGACAAACAUGCACUCUUCCAGACCCAGACACUUUUACAGUUGAUACAGCGUACCUUGGUGCAGAAGAUGACGGAAGAAGGGUCGUGCUAUCCUGAGUAAAAACGUCCCCACACCAUAGUCAAGAUGGGGAAUCGGCUAGACAAAUCCACAAGUUUUGGCUGUUUUGCAUGACAAAUUUGCAUUCGUAGUGUAGUGCUGUUCGAGCUAGCUCAGCAGCAUCACAGAUCUAGCAUACCAUGCUGAUUGGAGCAUGACAAAUUGCCAAACACGACUAGAAAAUGCUUCUCAUGGGGCUCCGCAUGAGAACCAUUCUCAGCAUGCAGAUUUGCAUUACAACUAGAGUUGUUAUGCUCUCAGCGUGCAGAGUUGUUAUGCUCAAGUGCCAACAGGGCGAGAGCCCUGCAAGAUCGGGCGACGUGAGUAAGUGCAGACGGGAAAAACGCCAAAGAUACCCGCGCCUUCUGCUUAACUGUGUGAAAUAUUGUGUCGGCCCGGUUCUGCUCAGACAGGCUGGAUCCCGUAGAUCAGAUUUCACAUGUUAAGUAACGCACACCGGCCUCCUAGCAAAAAAUUAAUGAUGAAUUUAUAUGAGAAAGAGGGGCCUAAUCAAAAAAAAAAAAGAUUUGCAUUACAACUAUGGGGUGGGGACGUUUUUAAAUACGAUACGUGCAAACACGACAUCAAGCAGCAGCAGGAGUGUCUGAACGAGACCUUAACCGUGUUGCCCGAGGCGAAGAAGCGGUUGGAGAAGUACGCAGUGGAGUUGAAAGCGUUAUCCUGUGCAAAAGUAUCGUGCCCGUAUUGCAGUCAUGCAUUACAAAUGUUUUUCUCAAGGUAUAUCCGCAUUACAAAUCUUAUUUCUCAUGCUGACGGAAGCGUUCUUGCUGGCCACGGAAGCGUUCUUGCUGGACAUUACCAACAUUUGCCCAUGCAGAGCCGUCCUCUUGCCGGACACAACCAACAUCUGUCCGAAACAGCCUAGGGCCAAGACGACGCCGUGAGGACGACCACAGGGGGUCCGUCUCAAUGAUGAUGAUGAUGCUGAGGGAAUUUGUCACGCAUUUAUACGAAUGCGAUACUUUUGCAGUUCAUCAGCGUAUUUGUCCGACAACUUCGACGAAGAGGACUACCCGACGACAGCUGAGUCCGGUGAGGAAGCGGCGGAUAUCCCCCAGAAAAAAGCACCAGACAGGGCAUAUUUGCAUAGGCAAAGAAUGAAUUCACUUCAAAGAUCCCUCCGCCUCAGCCUGCUGCUUAGAAAACGCAGGGCAGAUAAUUUUUCUGUGUAAGUAUUUAUUUUUGCAUUACAUACAAUUACAAAUUAAAACCAUACGCCCCGCCUGCUUUUAAUUUUCUGUGGGAUAGCGGAGUCAUCGGACAAGAAUGCGGCGGUGUUGCUGGAGUCGAAAGUGUUGCUGGAGGACUUGGCGGGUAGUGACGCGGAAUUUGGGACGUUGCUGCAGUAAGGAACAAGAUGAUCUUGUAUUCGUGAAGUUGCAAGAACUGGCCAUGUCAGACUCGAAAUCAACAGGCGGCAGAGUGGUUUCAAUUCUCGAUGUUGAUGUCAUGUGCUUCGACGAACAAGCUCCGAUUGUUUGUCAGGCCUUCUGAAUGGAAACAACUACUGAUCACGUGAACUGCAAUGAUUCCAACAGAGAAAAGCAAAGACUUUUGAUUCAUUGAAACAAUACUACUUACAACGACGCUGCUUUCUUUUCCAUGAAAGUUGAU